ACGAUCGGAUUUGUGCCUCCCGGACUAUCCCUACCAAACCAAUUGCUGUUGCUGCUUCCUUCUGAGACACGGCGACUAUUUGAACUCUUACGUAGAUGUUCUCCCAAAAAAAAAAAGUAAAGCAAAAAAGACCACAGUACCGAGCGCAGUCUUUUUUCAGAUAUGUAAAAUGUAAGUGGCCGAUUUGAAAAUUGUUCAGUCCUUUACGAGAUUUUCAACAGCAACAACGUGUUUUUUCUGAAAAAUAUCCUAAAAAAGAACGCUAAGAAGAACAAAACAAAGAAAAAACCACACAGAGAAGAUUUGAAUAUUUUGAAGAGUGAAAAAUGAAAACAGAUAUUGAAUAAAGUGAAUUUGUGCUGAAGAAGGUUAUUUGCCGAUUUUAAUGAAUGAGAAGGAGAUCGUGCCAAAAACAAUUUGAACAUAAUUUUUUUCCAAUGUUUUUUUUUUUUUUUAUUGAAAAAAUAUUUGUUGCCUUAUAAAAUUGCAAAAUGUAUUUGCAUCCAUGUGCCGCAUGCUUGAAGGAUAAUCGAAUUUUGAAAAACGGAUAAAUUUUGGAAAUCGCUCAACAAAUGAAAAAGGAAAAUAACUUGAUAUUUUAUUUGAAAUUUAAGUGAAAAGGAAUAACAAAAAAAAAAAACAAUCAAAAGUGUUAAAGUGUGAACUGUCGGUUCCCCCGGCCUGCCCACCACCAGCCUGCCUCUCCCACAUAAAACAAUUCGGAAAAUUUCAGCCACAGCUUCAAUAUUAUUGACUGAAUCAUCGAUCUAUAUUUACCUCAAUAUUUACUCUUCUUUAUUUAUUCUUCGAUUCGAUUUGUUGGAAACGAAAUACAAUUGUUGUUGUUUUUUUCCUUCCCAAUCUGACUUUGUAGUUGAUUUGUCUUUCAGUUCUUGGGAUCAAUUGUACAAAAUGACCAAGGAACAGACAGCAGUUAUACCCGAAGAGCUUUAUAAUUUGACGCAAUUAGCCGAAGUGGCAGCUGGUCGAUUAAACACCGCCGCGGAGGAGAAGUGGCCACGGAAACACCAUCACAUUGGCGAAAUGGAGUCACUGAACGUUGAACGUCGUAAUGAGAUAAUUAACCAUAAAACCGCACAUGGACUGAUGAAAGAUAUACAAGGGCAUUCACAGGCAGCUGACGAAGAAGAUCAGGGCGAUGAAAAGAGGCAGUGUUUAACAAUGCUAAAUUGUGAAAUAUCCGCCGCCAUUAAGACAGAAAACAGAUCACCCGUGCCGUCAUUUGAUGCCUUCCCAGAGCAAGAAAAAUAUAAUCUCCAGCAACAACAGCAGCAGUAUGACCACCUUCAACAUCUACAUGAUCAUCAACGCAGCCAACAUAAUCUUCAUGUUUGUAACUCGAAUUCGAAUGGUGCCGCGUUCUAUUCCUCUUCGGAUGAUGACUCCAACUAUUAUAGCCAUAAAGUAUUUGAUCGCAAAAAACUGCGUAGAUCCACAAUAUCCGAUAAUUCACCACGUUACGAUGAACACUCAUCGUGUAGCAGUAAAUCCGGCAGCAGUAACAGCAGCUGCAGCAGUAGCAGUGGCAGCAGUGAUGAGCAAUGCUAUAACCAACACCAAGCUACGCCAUCGUCUAGUGAUGAGAUCUUACAACAAAUGCACAUGGAAUCCCAUACGGAUGCUGGUCUUAAUCUUCUCGAUGAUGAACACAUAUGUCCUGAAUGUGGCAAAAAGUAUUCAACAUCAUCGAACUUGGCAAGACAUCGACAAACCCAUAGCGAUGAUUUACAUUUCAGGUCGAUUAUGGAUAAAAAGGCCAGACAUUGUCCAUUCUGUGAGAAGGUCUAUGUUUCUAUGCCUGCCUUUUCGAUGCAUGUUCGCACCCACAGCCAGGGCUGUGAGUGUCAGUAUUGUGGCAAAAAGUUCUCUAGGCCGUGGCUAUUGCAGGGCCAUAUUCGAACGCACACCGGUGAAAAGCCCUUCAAAUGCAACGUUUGCACCAAAGCCUUUGCCGACAAAUCAAACUUACGUGCACACAUACAGACGCAUUCGAAUACAAAACCACACACCUGCAAACGAUGCGGCAAAGCAUUUGCCCUCAAAUCCUACCUGUAUAAACAUGAAGAGUCUUCGUGUUUGAAAAAUCACCAUAGAUCUGACAAGGAAGUACGAUCCAAUCGAUCCCAGCAUAGCCAUCAGCAAACCCCAAAAAACAACAUGACAUCAAGUAAUUAUGGACAAAAUCAUGUUAACAAUCUUGGUAAUCUUGCCGAAUCGGCUAAAUCCACAUUGGCCACCAAGCUAUUGCAAAAGGAAAAAGAACGACAGCAGACAGUAUUACAAUAUGCCAGUAUGGCGGCUACAAAUGCCAAUUCAGGAGGGUUACAAAUAAUUGCAUUGGCCAGUGAAACUGGGAUGGAUAGGCCACAGCAGCAGCAGCAGCAACAACACCAAAAAUCCUAUACAAUGUUGACCAGUCCAAUGGGCGCGGAGGAUUAUGAUCAUUAUAAACGUAUAAGUGUUAUACAGACACCAGCCAUCACCAGUCUAUCGGGUGGAGGUCAUCUAUUUUCAUCUGGCCAUCUGAGUGUGGAUGUAAGCCAGGCUCCUCCAACCAACGCCUCCACCACCACCCACAUGCAAGUCCAAUUUUAUAAUACAACAGCAGCGCCACCUAGCGAACAACUGCAAGAUCAACCUGUUGAUUUUUCACCCAAAAACAAUUUUACACAUUCGGCCAAAACAAGUCCUUUUGAAUUGACUGGAAACUAUGCCAUUGUGGCCUGAAAAUAGGUUAGCCAACCAAAAAAAUCAUUGAAACUGGAAAAAGACAACAAAAUGUAUCUCAGAAGAAAUUUUUAGGAAUUUAUACAAAUCGACAAUGAAACUGUGCAUAAAACAAAAAGAGAUAUGAAUAGGAUCAAAAAAAAAAACAGGAAAGACACUAAUUGGAAGGAUACGUAUUCGAAAGGCUUCCCACCCAUCUCCUCUCUCUCUCUCGUGUAACAAUGUAAUGAUGGUAUUUUUUAUGAUUUUAGUACACAAGCAAACAUACUUACAUACAUACAUAGUUAUUAAGUUAAUAGAAACCAAAACCAAAAAAACACAUGUGAUAGUAAACUUACUUACAUACGUACUUGUACAUAUUUAUUUACACAUCUAAUUUUUGAAAUAUGUACACUCUCAUUUAGUAGUUAUGUAGAAUUUCCAAAGAGUAGAACUUUUUUUAUAGAAACCAUAUUUUCCAUAUUUUCAUUUCUUUGAGAAUGAUAAUGUGUAUCCCAUGAAGGUGAAAUUAAUUGGUCUCUCUCCCUCUCUCUCUCUAUCUAUCUAUCUAUCUAUCUAUCUAUCUUUGAAUAUAAGAUUUCCGUAAAGAAAAAGAUUUUGCAUGUGAAAUUGAAAAAAUAUUUAUGUAUAUUUCUAGACCUUCGAAUACGUGCUAAACAAAGAGGCCUCUGCAGGAACGCACACCGAGAAGCCCUGGGGAACAGCCGAACUUCGAAAUCUUCUCUUUUUCUAAUUUUACAUAGAAAUUAAUUUUUAGUUCUGAAAUGCUUUCUGGGUAUUCUCUGUAUUUCUGAAGUAUUCUUCCCCAAUUUUAUGAUUUCUGUGGUACAAUAUUUGAAGGGAAUAUAUAAGUAUCGAUAAUUGUUGAUAUUCUCAUACGUACGCUUACAGAAAAUAUAUAUUUGAUACAUUCAGAAUUGCAUAUGCUAUAACAAUAUCAUCUCUCUCUCUCUCUCUCUCUCUCUCUCUGGGAUUUUUUCCAUAUUGAGACAAAAAUAUAAACAACCGUCAAUCUCAUAGGGUUCAAUUUCUAAUAUUUUUCUAAAAUCAAGAUCGGUUAUGAGGAUGGUCUAUAUGAGUGCAGUCCUUCAAUUUAUUGACAGACGUUUGACUGGAAAAUCCGUUAAACCGUUAACAUUGAAUGAAUUUCUGAACACCUUGGGAUAUUCUCGCCAAACUUUCAAAGAGAGUUCCAGAUCCGGUCCAUAUUCAUUGUGGGUAUAUACAGUUCAAAAUUUGCACAUGUUAAUAUUUAUAAUUACAAUAAUUACACAGUGAUCCACAUUUUGGUAAAAACUCUCGAAAUUUAUGAAAUUUCAAAGUGAGCAUGCGUCGAUAUAUUUGCCUUUUAUAGAGGAAGUGUGAAAACGCCUCUCAAGUCUGGUACCUCUUACGCGAAACUUCAAAAAUGUUGUCUACUAAUCUCAUAUUGAGCAAUGGGAGUGUGCAAUGUGGUUUAUAAUUUUUUUAUUUAGGUCAAAAGUAGGACGGGCCGACUUUAUGAUACCCCACACCACUAUGCUUAUUGAGUAGAGCUACCCAUAACAAAUAAACAUUUAUAUGGGGAAUGGAGCUAUGCGAACUAUAUCCAAAUUUGAACCGAUCUCCAUAACAUUUAGCGGAGGUAUUUCUAAGUUGCAUCCGAUAACUAGCACCAAAUACCAUUGUUGUGGAGUCAAUUUUAUAGAUGAGAGGGACUUAAAUACAUAUCUGUAUCUGAACCGAUUCUCACGAAAUUUGACACACUUUCUCCCAGGCUGAAUUCGAUCUAUCCAAACCUGAACAGAUCUCGAUGCAAUUUGGCAGAGGUAUUUCUAGAAUAUAUAUGUGAGGGACUUAAACCACAAAUCUGGUGAAUCAAAUAUAUAAGAUAUAUAGCCAUAUCUGAACCGAUUUUGCCAACUUUGAGGCAUUUGCUUCUAGGCUGAAUUUGGUCGUAUGGGCAAAAAUCUACUCCAUUUGGGCUUAUAUUAAUAAUUUUUUGGCCAUAACCCUGAAAUCGGAUAAAGAUAUAUAUGGGAUAUAUACACCCGAAUCUGAACCGAUCUCGAGAAAAUUUGGCAAAGAUUGUUCUGAGCUGUGUUUGAUAUAUUUUUCCGAAUAUCGUUGUUGUGGAGUGCAUAUUACGGCUAUGGGGGACAAAAAUAAUGAUGAAAAAUAUAUAGGAGAGCUAUAGCUUUAUCUUAAACUUUAGCCUGUAAUGUAAAUUUUAUAUAUCAUAAUCUUUCACAAAUCUAGUUCAUAAAGGUGAACAAAUUUUAAUAUAAAUAUUGAUCCGACUAAAUAGAAAUAAAUAUCUUCUGAAUAGUCAAAGUUAAUUACGCUUUAAAACCCAUUACCAUAGCACCUCAAAUUGCGCAUUAGCGUCCCCAAAGAGUCUAUGUUCUUGUUCAUAGUAAAAUUAAAUGACGAAGGAUAUACCAGGAUAAAACGUGACCCAACAAAUAUUCUCCUGGGGGUUACAAAUUCAAUAAAAUACAAAAUCUUCUGUUGUGACCACACAUUAGAUGUGAAAGUGGACUUGGGGAUACACCAAUGUGGGGACUUUACUUAAAUAAAUUCCUAUGUGGCAAUUAUCUGCAUGAUGCUACCCCAUACAUUUUUUUAGCCAAAUCAAUUGAUGAAGGUGGUCAAACCAAUAUGGGCCUACUCUGAAAAUUUCAAAGUUUAUGCGAAGAGGUUCUCUAUCCCCUUAGAAACAAAAAUGAUAAAUAAGGGCCAAAAAAUGAAAAAAGUGGCAAAGACCCCAAAAAUAGCUUAAAUCAUAGAUGGUUAUAUAAAUAUGAAAUCGGGUUGUACCCUUAUCCGUGAGUUAUGGUCGAUAUCAAAACCUGCAAAAGCGAUUUAAGGUAUCUUGAAUGUUUGGGAAGAAUUUCUGGAAGGAUAUAAAUCCUUUUCUUACUAAAAGUCCCAUUCGCUCUACUAUUUUGCACCCUUUAAUUUUAGUAUUUUACUGAUUGUACUCCCAAAGAAUUUUGCAUUUUGAGCUCUCAUUGGACGGAUUAUUGUCACAUGAAAGAAGUAGGUCCAUGCUUUGAAAUGAGCCUCAUUAGACUUUUUCGGUCAUUUUUGUUUGUUUAAAUGUGUUCGCAUCUUCCAGCUGCACCACGAUGUAGGCCCUGGAGUUGAAGGGUAGAUGUCAGUUAAUAUCCUAUUUCGCACUUAUUUCAUUUUUUUGGUGAAAAAUUGUAUAUAGUGAAAAAUUAUUCUUUAUUUUGUUCACAAAAAAUCAAUAUGAUAAUACAAAUUGAACGAAAUUGACAAAAGAAGAAUAAAAAAUUGAAAAAAUCUUCAACUUGUUCGCUGAUUUUUUACAGCAAAUGUUUAAAGAUCUUAAAAUUCGAUUCUAUUGAUUUUUUUUCGAUUUUUUCCAGACUUGAGAAUUUUUGCAAUGAGAUCUCUUUUUCGUGAUUUUUUAGCGAUUUUUUAAAAAGUAAUUAUCUUUUAACUUUGGUGUGACCGCGUUAAAUUAUUUCGAUAUCACCUAUUCCGUAUCGCCACCACAUAAUUCGGUACUACACUUCCAUGUAACCCGCCAUCAAUUUCAGUUCUCAAGAAAUCAAGUCAAUUUAAUAAAUUGGUAUUAGUAUUCGAAUUCAAAAAUAAAAUAUAAAAACACUACAAAUGUACAUUAGAAAAAAGUAAGUCGAAAUGGAAAAAAAUCAUGCAAAAUAAAACAUUACUAUUGUACAUUUUAAAAGUCAAAAUGAAAAUGUUAAUAUAUCACAUUUUUCCGCGAUUUUUUUGGAUAUUAUCCUUUUCGGAGAGGAGACAAUUCAGAAUUUGUGUGAAUCAUUAAAAUCAGUCCAGCGGUUCUUAAGUUAUAAGCGUAGUAAC